AUGAUACACCCACGAUGUGGCGAUUGUGUACAGCCUCGAGGUAAACGUUCAGAAUUACAAGUCGCGUGUAGGAAAAUCAAGCACGAGGUAGCCGUUCGCUACGGUUUCUUAGAAAGAAGUAAAGAAACCAUCAAGCCUGCUGACGCGCAUCUGCUUGUCGCAAACAAACUCUCCCUUUCCGCACUCGCCCCACCAUUUGACGAGGCUAACCGAAGACUAGAAUGCAGUCUACAGAGGCUCCCCAAACUCACAUCUGCCGAAAAUAAAUUCCAUGGGCGAACUGGGGCCCUACAUAACACCGAUCCCCCCCCGAGUCCGCCUCUUCUUAUCGCCCAGUUGUCCGAAUGUGCUUCAACGCCCUUGGCGACUCUGCAAUUGCCCGCUCCAAAUUUCUUCCUCACCAAUGGUGAGCCCUGCUACUUUUGGGACUUCAUGCGCCACCAUAUGGGCCCCCUUCUUCUCACCGACGUCAUGAUUAUAGUGGGAUCAAACGUUCUCAGGAAGCCCGGCGCACUCGAGAAGGAUUCUCCAGGGGAAUAUGGUGAAGCCUAUCAGCGCGCAAAGGAGCUGAACAUCCAUCCUUCUUCCUUCGCAGGGAAAAAUGCCAAUACAGCCUCAGCCUGUUGCUCUGUGCGCGCUGACGAACAACAUUCCUGA